AUUUUUAAAAUUAGUUGGAUCGACCUAUGAAGUUGAUGUGCGACAAACAAAAAAAAUAAAUAAAUUCAAAAUCUAGUUAAAUAAAUUAAAUAUUUACUACGAGAAAAAUGGAAGAAGAAACUAUGGAAACACUGGAUGAUAUUUGCCGAAUUUGUCUGAAACAGGAUGAAAGAGUUGUUAAUGGUCUGGAAGACUGGUUAGAAAUAAUUGAAGUAAUAUCUCAAGUUAAAGUAGUUUACAAUGAAGGAUAUCCUGAAAAGAUUUGUGAUGAGUGUGUUAAGCAAUUGAGUACAGCGAAUGCCAUUCGAAAUUUAAUUAUUCAAAACAAUGAGUAUUUUCUAAAGACAGAGUCGGAAAUUGUGGAUUAUAUUGAAAAAGGAAAAAAAGUGGUGGACGAUGAAUUAUAUUUAGAAACAAAAGAUUUAACGGACUACACUGUGAUGGAAGAAAUUGUGGAAAACGAGGAGGACUUAGACUUUUCUUCGAUUGAAAUAUUGGAAAAUGUGAAAUUGCGCACUAGCCCGGGAGAAUAUCGGUGUUGUAUUUGCAAUAAAAUAUUUACAGAUGUACAAGCUCUAGAGACUCAUUGUGGAGAUAGUCACAAGAAAAAUAUUAGUUGUGCAGAUUUGAUCAGUGAAAUUCAUUGUUUAGUGUGCAACAGAAAUUUUAAUACAUUGGAUAAACGAAAUCGUCACAGAAUUUGUAUGUAUUGUAACAAGUUUUUUGCCACUUCAGAAACCUUUCUUAUCCAUAGUCAGAAAAAAAUUUGCCUCAGCUCGUCAGAAAAAGUGCCAAAGUCGGUAAACGCAUUUAAACAAUAUGGAUGCUGCAAAUGUCCUUUAAUUUUUAAAAACGAUGACGCUUGUAAAGCACAUUUUAGCGAAAAGCAUUCGGAUGAGGCAUACACGGGAAAUGCAACUGCAACAGUUUCAUGUAAUUAUUGCUCAACUCCUUUUGCACUAAAAGUCGAUCUUCAAAAGCACCUGAAAGCACCACGGUUAAAGGUUUACACUUGCGACCAAUGUGACGAAAAACUGUCCAGCUUCCCGAAAUACAAACACCACAUGGAAACAGUGCAUAGCAACACUGAAUUCGCUUGUGACGAAUGCGAUAAAGUCUAUGACCGAAUCGAAUCGUUACGUUACCACAAGUACCUGAAUCACAACGAGAGAAAUCAUCAUGUGUGUCCUGAUUGCGGCAAAACAUUCAAAAAGAAAAUAAGUUUUAUUGAACACCGAAACAUCCACCUAGGAAUAAGGCCUCAUAUUUGUGUUAUUUGCAAGAGUGGAUUUACAUCAACCGGCGCUUUGAGGACUCAUAUGAGAUCACAUACGGGCUCAAAGCCAUUCAAAUGCAAAUUCUGUCCCAAGCGAUACUCUCACUAUUCAGAUAUGAAACGUCAUUCUUAUAUACACACAGGGAAUUUUCCGUUCGAGUGUGAAACUUGUAAGAAAGGAUUUGCUAAGCGAAGUGCACUACUCACGCACCAAGGAACACAUGAAAACAGAUAGAAUUAAAAUUUUUUAUUAAUCUA